CCUGCGCGAUGACGUAGGCGGGCGUGCGCGGUGACGGCCCGCGUCCCUGUUAGUCAGCGGAGCCGCUGAGGCCGGACGACGCGGCUCGGAAAGCUGAGCCGCGAGCUGCGCCGGGUAGCGGCCGCGGCGACCGCCCGGACGGCCCCUGUCUCCGCUGGCGGGCUUCCCUGUCGCCUUUCGCUGCGCUGCCGGUCUUGCAGCCUUACAGUCAUUUGUAAUGGUUACCUCAGAUUCCCCUGCUGUGGUUAACGUUAAACCUAGGAGGUCAGAUGCUCUAAGUGAACAUGUUUAGUGCUGUGCCUGACAAAAGCAAGCAAUCAAAAUGGGACUUCCUUGAGGGCAGGCCUGUCUUGCAUCUCUUUCUCCACCACCUAGCCUGGAAUAUACUUCUUGGUGAAUUUUUGGAUGAAGCCAUUAAAUUAAUUACUUGCCAUCAUGAGCAGAAGCAAGCGUGACAACAAUUUUUAUAGUGUAGAGAUUGGAGAUUCUACAUUUACAGUCCUGAAACGAUAUCAGAAUUUAAAACCUAUAGGCUCAGGAGCUCAAGGAAUAGUAUGUGCAGCUUAUGAUGCCAUUCUUGAAAGAAAUGUUGCAAUCAAGAAGCUAAGCCGACCAUUUCAGAAUCAAACUCAUGCCAAGCGGGCCUACAGAGAGCUAGUUCUUAUGAAAUGUGUUAAUCACAAAAAUAUAAUUGGCCUUUUGAAUGUUUUCACACCACAGAAAUCCCUAGAAGAAUUUCAAGAUGUUUACAUAGUCAUGGAGCUCAUGGAUGCAAAUCUUUGCCAAGUAAUUCAGAUGGAGCUAGAUCAUGAAAGAAUGUCCUACCUUCUCUAUCAGAUGCUGUGUGGAAUCAAGCACCUUCACUCCGCUGGAAUUAUUCAUCGGGACUUAAAGCCUAGUAAUAUAGUAGUAAAAUCUGACUGCACUUUGAAGAUUCUUGACUUUGGUCUGGCCAGGACUGCAGGAACAAGUUUUAUGAUGACGCCUUACGUAGUGACUCGCUACUACAGAGCACCUGAGGUCAUCCUUGGCAUGGGCUACAAGGAAAACGUUGACAUUUGGUCAGUUGGGUGCAUCAUGGGAGAAAUGAUCAAAGGUGGUGUUUUGUUCCCAGGUACAGAUCAUAUUGAUCAAUGGAAUAAAGUUAUUGAGCAGCUUGGAACACCAUGUCCUGAAUUCAUGAAGAAACUGCAACCAACAGUCAGGACUUACGUUGAAAACAGACCUAAAUAUGCUGGAUAUAGCUUCGAGAAACUCUUCCCCGAUGUACUUUUCCCAGCUGACUCAGAACACAACAAACUUAAAGCCAGUCAGGCAAGGGAUUUGUUAUCCAAAAUGCUGGUAAUAGAUGCAUCUAAAAGGAUCUCUGUAGAUGAGGCUCUCCAGCACCCGUACAUCAAUGUCUGGUAUGAUCCUUCUGAAGCAGAAGCUCCACCACCAAAGAUACCUGACAAGCAAUUAGAUGAAAGGGAACACACAAUAGAAGAGUGGAAAGAAUUGAUAUAUAAGGAAGUUAUGGACUUGGAGGAGAGAACCAAGAAUGGAGUUAUACGGGGGCAGCCCUCUCCUUUAGCACAGGUGCAGCAGUGAUCAAUGGCUCUCAGCAUCCAUCGUCAUCAUCGUCUGUCAAUGAUAUGUCUUCAAUGUCAACAGAUCCGACUUUGGCCUCGGAUACAGACAGCAGUCUAGAAGCAUCAGCGGGGCCUCUGGGCUGCUGUAGAUGACUACUUGGGCCUUGGGGGGGUGGGAGGGACAGGGAGUUGGUUAGUCCAUUGAUAGAACUACUUUGAAAACAAUUCAGUGGUCUUAUUUUUGAGUGAUUUUUCAAAAAAUGUAGAAUUCAUUUUGUAGUAAAGUAGUUUAUUUUUUUUAAUUUCAAGUGAUGUAAUUUAAAACCUAAGUUGUGUUUCAAAACAGCAACAAAACUGUAUUGUAUUUUUUGCUGUAAUUAACUGUAUAAUGUAAACCUAAUUAUUUUAUCAUGGUUUAAAUUUUUUGCAUAUUUGCUUUAUCUUAUGCUGCUGAUUUUUUUAACUGAAUUUGUAAGAUUUUGUUUAUCAAAGCAACUAUUAUGUGGUGACUUGCCUAUAUCAUGAAUUAUUUAAGAUUUUUAUAGUUUUUUUAUUAGAUUUUAUUUCAGAUGUUUUGUUCAUGAUACUAUCCUUCAGGGUUAUAUGAUUAUCAAUGAAAUAACCCCAGAGGACUGAGGGAAAAUAACUUGUAGCCAGUUAUAUUCAGGAAUAACUACUGUAAAUGAUGAACGUGUAAGAGACCUCCAAUAUUUGCUACUUGCCAAUCCUAAUUUAGUUACAAGAAUUGGUAGGCAAUCCUACUUAAUUUUGGCAAAAGCGCAUCAUCUAAAUGGCAGAAUAACUCAGAGCAUGUCUUUGAAGAUACUGGGCGACUACCACCACCUUAUGUCCCCACCCUACCCAACAAAAAUCAAGUAAAAAGAAUAUGGUGUUUUCUGCAAAUUUGUGGCAUGCUCAAAGUUUAUGAUCACAUAAAGUCAAGAGGAUACUUCAUGAAUAAUACAUUUUGAUGCAAAUAAACAGAUGGUUCACUUCUACUAGCGAUGAGCCUGUUUUUGUAUACACUGAGUUAAUCUACUCAGGCUGUAGGUCCCAGCAGUGUUCUAGAGUCUGGUCUUUCCCUUUCCUGCAGCUUUGGGCCAUUGAACCUUUCUGGUUUCCUAUUGGAGUGUCAGUCAGUUGAGCACCAGUUCUGGUGUUUCUGGCCAUUUGAUUCUACUUAGAGCAUAAUCGUUUUUAUACAAGCUGUUGGGAGGUUCCAAAGCCUACUUAGAUUUGUGUAGGUGAUGUAUCAAAUGAGCAAUAUACCGUUCAUCUGAAAAUAGUAGCACACAGCCAUAUAUAGGAUAUCAUUUUCUAAGGACUGUUUCUUCACAUUGAUCAGAGCAGGCAUAAAUGGUGGUUAUUAAGUCUGAGUCUUUCAUUUUUUUAUACCUGAUUUUCAACAUAACACGCGAUGUGGAUGUCAAGUAGUGUAAGAAUGGUGCUGCUCCUGACAAGUGUAUGGUAACUGUUUACAUUUUAUAUCUACAGAAUUAUUUCUCUAUAACUGAAUUUUUCCUAAGUAAAAUGUCUUUGAAGUCUCGUUAUUUCUGAAAUACAUUGUCCAUAAUAGACCCAGGCACCUUUUAUUAUCUCUGGAACAAGAGGGAUUUCAUGUAAUGAACUAGGGAAUGUAUUCUCACAUAAGCAGUAAGGUUCUAGGCAGAAAGCCCUUUGGAAUUCGUGACCAACAGGAGCAAGAACAGGUGUGGCUCAACAUGCAGCGUCUGAAAGUUUGCUUGGCAUUUUAUUCAUAUAUUUAGUGCAAAAUUCUUUUUGAGUGAGAUACUUUAGAUUGUUGUUAAUGUGCAAUAUUUAAGAUUUAAAUGCAUUAGCCUUUUUAUGUACUUUGAAAUGAUGUUUGCUUUUGAUGAUCUAGGGUCAUGAUUUCCAGUUUCCCAGGCUUUGUAUCAGUCUCUUUUUCUAAUACAACAUGGUGCAUUAGAUUAGGCAAAUCUAAUGCACCAUGUUGUAUUAGAAAAUUAAUUAAUUUGUAUUAGAAAAUGUAGCCAGUUAUAUCCUCUUGUAGACAGGAAAGAUUGGAUUCACAAUUUUAGCAGAAAUUUGAGAAUGUGUUUCUAUUAAUUUGACAAUUGGCUUUUCUGUAGAAUAGAUUAUGUCACUGUUGCACUUUCACAGCAGACAUGCUUUCAGAAGAGUCUCAUAUUUUAUGUUUGAUUUCUAAGAAGCCAUCUCUGUUGAUACAUAUUUUUGGUUAAGUAAGGAAAACCGUGUCUGAUUGUAUCAUUUGUUUUAAAUGCCAACUGCCGCUUGCCAACCAUCAGUUCAAUUCAAAGAAAACAAACUCAUAUUACUUAACGUAAACUAAGAUACUUAAUAAUUAUACCCUAAAUACAAAGUCUCUUUGUUAAAUGUUGUGUGCCCUAGGUUUUAAAUUACUACAUCUAAAUACAAUUUUCCUCUUAAAUUUGUGAAGCUAAGUAUGUAUUGGUUCUUUUUAUUUUGGGAUUCGUAAAGUAUCUUAAACAUUUUUUUUUCCAAGAGAAAUUAUAAAUAACAUUUCUAUCAGGUGGUACUUGUGUGAAGCCACCUUCUUUAAUUUUGGUUUUUCAAUUUUAUAUAUUUAAUAUACUCACUGUCUUACUUUCAGACAGUUAUUUUGACCAAGAUUUUUAUUAUUCAUCCUCACAGAUUGAGAAAGAGAUGCUGAUUCUUUACCUAUGUCUUCCUGGUUACUAUACUCUUAGCCUCUAAUAUUUACUGGCCAUUUGUAGUAAAAACCAUUGUGUCGUUGGGCUUAGUUAUACUUUAUGCAAAUAGAGCAUCUCAACUCUGUCCUACUGUUUGCUGAACAGUUUUCAGUGUGUCCUAUACCUUUGGCUGCACUUAUUGUUCUUGGUGUGCACUUUUCCAAGUUGGUAAAGGCACAAUGUGUUCAUACCAGACUUCUGAAGAGAAACACCAGCCUCUUAAACGAGAAGCCUACACACAACCCCCUUAACAAUCCAGAGAAGCUUGAUGGUAUGCAGAGAAGCACUCUUUUCUGCCAGCCUUGUCAUUGUUCUGUUCUAUGCUAAUCUUGCCAUGUUGUCUAAAAGAUGGAAGAGGACAUCAGUGUCUAAUAGUGAAAUCAGCAGCAGGAAAGUGAAGCUCUUUACUUGGUUACAGUUAAGACUUGGUUGACACUCUUGGCCAGUAUCUGCUACACAUAUGAAGACUUAACUAUUCACUGUUGCCUACGCACUAGCCUGCACAACAUUUUGAGGUUAAAACAUAGUAUGUUUUCAAAAAUACUGUUGUAGUUUGUGAGUGUUGUUCAUUAGUCACACAUUAGCUGUAGAGUGGAUGCAUGAAGCCCCAUGACACCAGUAAACUUCUCUUACCAGUUGAAAAACCAAACACCACCAUUCUGUCAUUAGCAGCCCUCUUAAAUGUUGCCUCUCCAUAUCCUGUUGCAUCUUUGUGUGCAUUGUGUUUCUACUGAUCUCUCUUAGGUUUUUCCAGAAUCAAAGGAAACUAAUUGUUCCUUAAUAGCGAGAAAGAUGAAGAGGUAAAGGGCAUUGAAGCAGAAAGGUAUAGUUUGGGGUACGAUUAGAAAACUUGUAAGGAAAACAAAAGUCCUAAUUAAUUUCAAACUGACUGCUCUUCAUUAAGUGCUCUUAAGGAGAGUCUAGUAAGAGUAACACUUUCUGGCCAUUUCUGGUUUAGAUUCUCUUCGUUACUGAAACUUUUGAGAAACAAUACCUGUGGAUUAAUUUUGCACAAUGUUCUAUUCUCAUAAUGACUUACAAAUUAAACUAGGUUUUUAUUAAACUACCUCACACUAAUUUUCUAUGCUUUCCCAAGUAAGCUGUUGCCCUGACUGUUAGAUCUUUACUGAGUGUGAAUUAUAAAUGUAUGUUAAAUACUUUUUAGCCAAUGUUGACACAAUACCAGUAAGUAUGUAAAGUAUAUACCUUACAUCAGUAAGAGACACAUGUAAAAUCUUUCAUUGUAUAUCUUGGAAAAUUGUGUUAGAUGUGCUUGUUGACAUUAUUACUGUUUUUGUAAGUAGAAACCUGCUCGUGAUAUCAGUCCAUUCUUUACAUUUUACAAAAGGAGUAAAUCUUAGUAAAUUUUACGAAGAAAUAAAUUACUUUUGUAGGCCCAAUAUUUGGUAUAUUUUUGAGAAGCCGUUGAAUCUUUUAGCUGAAUAAUGAAGUUAGACUGAAUUAGGUGUCUUCCUGGACUGUGACAUCUAUUUUCUCAUUACAGUUUAUCCUGGUCAACAGGGUGUCACACCUGGAAACCUGAGUAUGAUAACUGACAUUUGAUUUUCUCCCUCUGCGAUGUCAUUUCUCCUUCAUUCCUCUCCUUCCCGGUGUUCUGUUCCCUCUCCUCUAGACAAAACAAAAUGGGGCUCUUUGUAGGGAAUGCUGAGAUCAUUACUGUGGUUUUUCAUCAUUCAUGCCCUAGUCAUUAAACAUGCACCACUGGAAUGUAAACAAUGUUAUCUAGUAUGUCAAUUGGUUAUAAUAUUUUAAAUAAAAAAGAAAAAAGUGGUAUGAAA